GUCCAUGAACGGACGCAUUCAAACCCAGGUCAUGGUGAAAGAUUAAAAAUAAGCAAAUAUCAAAUAUGAAUUGCCCUCACAGGGUCGAUCUAUGGAACAACUGCGGAAAAGAAAUGAAGACGUGUAAAUCAUGAGAUCUACGGACCUGGUCUAUAAAAAGAGUGAUCCCUUCACUUAUCUACCCGACCAGGCCUGUCAGCUUGGAAUAUAAAACCGUCAGUGGAACAAUUUCGCCAACCACAACAUUCGAGACUCCCUCCACUCCACCCGUGGUUGUCAGGAUGGCAAACAGCACCGCAACCCCAGGGAAGGUCCUUGGGACCCCAGGCCCUCCUGGCAGAAGCAGCCCAGAGGGAUCUCAGGUGCUCAGUAAGAAAAAGCUGCAAGACCUGGUUAGAGAGAUUGACCCAAAUGAACAGCUGGAUGAGGACGUGGAGGAGAUGCUGCUGCAAAUCGCAGAUGACUUCAUAGAGAGCGUAGUGACUGCUGCAUGUCAGCUGGCACGCCACCGCAAGUCCAAUACCCUGGAAGUGAAGGACGUGCAGUUACAUCUUGAGCGCCAGUGGAACAUGUGGAUCCCUGGCUACGGCUCAGAUGAAAUUCGGCCUUUCAAGAAGGCUUGCACCACAGAGGCUCACAAACAGAGAAUGGCACUGAUCCGUAAAACAACCAAAAAGUAAUACUGUGUGGUAUGAAGAUGUACCCAACCUUUGUGCUUAUUUUUUUUUUCUUCCUCCAACUGGGACUUUUUUUUUUGGGCGGGGGAGGGGGGGACUGGUCAUGAUGAAGAUGAAGGAAAUGGUUGGGAUGGGACUAUGAAAUAUGGUUUUGGACGGUGGGAUGUAUUUCUUACAGUGGGCGGUGCUAUUUUAAUCUGUUUUCACUGGUGUUUAUCCUAGCAUCUUAACAGGAAAAAAAAUUUCCAGAAUGUGAUUCUUAGGUUCUUUAUCAUUAAUUGGGUUUCCCUUCACCCUAGGUUGGCAGAACUUUUUUUUUUUUUUUCAGUAAGCGGUCAUAGAGAUAUGUUUUUUUGAGAUUGUGAAUACUACUUCACCCAAUAUGUCUUUUGAUAUUCUAAAGUGCAAAAAUAAUAUUAAUAUUAUUAAUAUCACUAUUAUUAUUGAAUGUUCUGUUCCUUAAAAAAAAAGUCUCCUUGUCUUUGGAGUUACCUUGUCAAUAAUGGAUAAUCAGUACUGUGUGUAACCCAAGUGUAAGAAAAGUUGUGGCUACUCUACUUUGUUUCACUUAGAUUACUCUUCCUCUGGAUUACGGUCAUUUCUUUGUAAAGGUAUCGUUGGCCACAAAUGUGCAUAUCUUUUUGAGGCAUGUGUUUGCAGUUGUUUAACAAGUGUUCCAUAAUGUCCAAAAUGGGUUUUGUCACUUCCAUGCAGAUAAAGUAUUCUGGUUCUGAUUCUGACAUACAGGGGUACGGACAGAAACGCACUGUGUCACAGUCAUCGAGAAAUCGACCCCCCGAUACUGACUUUACAAUUUCCCCAGAAAAAUAAAUGGCUCAUAUUCAGCGAGACGGAUUGGGGGGGGGGGGGGGAAGGGUUUACACAUUGGAAACGAGCAUUUUUUUUUUUUGACUUUGUUUGGCAGUGUUUUAGUUGGUGCACAACUUAUUUUUAUCACUGUAAAUUAAAUAGUCUUUAAUUUCCUGUGAAAUGGUGUGUGCUGUGUUUUUGUCAUUUCUCCUUGCACCCAGCGAUAAAUGCGUGUUGCGGUUCGUCUGCCACAGGAAGUGACGUGUGCCUG